UAUAUUUUAUACAUUCGGAAACGAUUUAUACUGAAUACUCUAAAGAAUAUCCGAAAUUCCAGAAAAUCCAAUUUUCAAGGAUACAUUAAUCUGCUUAUAAAUAUUGUGUAAAUCUUCGUACAGAAAGGAUGACAACAAAUACAGGGACUGCUGUGCCUACAACUACAGCAUUUGUACGUGGACACAGAAGAACUGGAAGUGAUGUUCAGUUCAUAGAAAGAACACGACAAGAUGCUCAGCAGUCCAUGGGCAAGGAGCUUCAGAAAUUAAUUCUGACUGCUCCUACUGCACAACAAGAUUUAGCUAGAACUGAGUUAGCUGGAUUUGAACAGUUAUUUGGUCGAUACCUACAGGAAACUGGACCAUCAGUAUUAUGGGAUAAAAUUAAACUGUUACCAGAAGGAGGUGCAAAACCAUAUAAUGAUCUAGCAAGGCCUGAAACAGCCAAGGUUAAGGACUUAUUAGACAAGUUAGUAGUCCUCAAAUUAAAUGGAGGUCUUGGGACUAGUAUGGGCUGUAAAGGACCAAAGAGUACAAUCAGUGUCAGAAAUGAGUUGACCUUCUUAGAUCUCACAGUACAACAAAUAGAGCAUUUAAACAGAACCCAUGGAACAGAUGUUCCCCUUGUAUUGAUGAAUUCCUUCAACACUGACGAGGAUACACUCAAGGUUUUACAGAGAUAUGGAAAACUACAGCUACAGAUACAUACAUUUAACCAAAGCAGAUAUCCUAGAAUUAACAGAGAAUCCCUCCUACCUAUUGGUAACAGUUUUACAUCUGAUAAUACUGAAAGCUGGUACCCACCUGGUCACGGAGAUGUUUAUCAAAGUCUAGUCAACUCUGGUUUAUUGAAACAAUUUCUGGACAGUGGGAAGAAAUAUGUAUUUAUAUCAAAUAUUGACAAUCUUGGUGCCACAGUAGAUUUGAACAUUUUAAACUUUUUAAUGGAACAAGAACAGCCACCAGAAUUUGUAAUGGAGGUUACAGAUAAAACUAGAGCUGAUGUCAAGGGUGGUACUCUUGUGGAAUAUGAAGGCAAAUUACGGUUGUUAGAAAUUGCUCAAGUUCCAAAAGAACAUGUUGAUGAAUUUAAAAGUGUAUCAAAGUUUAAAAUUUUCAAUACCAAUAAUUUAUGGAUAAGUUUAGAUGCAAUCAAAAGAGUUACAGAUGAUCAGUCACUACAUAUGGAGAUCAUUGUCAACCCUAAGACAUUAGACAAUGGUGUAAAUGUUAUUCAAUUAGAAACUGCUGUUGGAGCUGCUAUCAAAAGUUUUGAGGGUGCUAUGGGAAUCAAUGUUCCACGUAGAAGGUUCUUGCCAGUGAAGACUACAUCUGAUUUACUCAUUGUGAUGUCUAACUUAUACAGUCUACAUACUGGAGCAUUACAGAUGAACCCAAAGAGAUCAUUCCCACAGGGACCUCUAGUCAAACUAGGAUCACAUUUCUCAAAGGUGAAAGAUUACCUGUCAAGAUUUUCCAGCAUACCUGAUAUGUUAGAAUUAGACCAUUUGACUGUGUCUGGAGAUGUGACAUUUGGCAAAAAUGUGUCUUUAAAGGGAACUGUGAUUAUUAUUGCUAAUCAUGGAGACAGAAUAGAUAUCCCAGCUGGAGCUUUACUAGAAAAUAAAAUUGUGUCAGGAAAUCUGAGAAUUCUGGACCAUUAAACAGCAGCUACAAGUAGAAUUCUUAAUAUUGGGCAUCAUUCUACAAUGUAGAAAAUUUGUGUUUUAUGAUUUAUUUUUUUUACCGUGGUAAAAUUAGAAUAAUUUGGUUGUGUAAGCUGCAUUUAUGUACAGUAUUCUGACCUGAUUUCCACGCAGACAAGUGUGAGCUAUUGCCAUUGCUUUAUGUCUUUUUUCUGUUUUGGGUUAUUUAUUUUUGAUCAUCUCUACAACUAACCAAAAUAACUUAAUAAUUGAUUAUUUUAUGGUGAGCAGCCAUUGUUUCCCACAUAAACCAGAUGGAAACCACUAAUAAUCCUUUUUAAUCAAAAUUUAUUGCAGUCAUAGUUUUUAAGUAAAAAGAUAAAAAAAAAAAAAAUACUCUUAAGUACCAAUUUAAUAGGAAUUAGAGAUUCUUUAAGGUUGGGGAGUGGCUAUGUGUCAAAGAUGUACCUAAGUUGAACAUACAAACUCAGUGUGGCAUCUAUUAUUAUGAGUUGACAAGGCUUUGUUAAGUUAUCUACAGCAUAAGUGUCUGUUAUUGUAUGUUAAAAUGUUCAUUGUGGGAUUGUGUUUUUAUGCAUACAUAUGUAAAAGCAAAUAGAGUUCUUUUUUUACCACAGCUCUAAAGCAGUGAGUAAAUUGGUUUACAUCUGUUGUCCUUCUGUCCAUCCCAUCAAUUUUUAGUUGUUUUUUUUUCUCAGGAACUACAGGUAGCAUUAGUUUGCAAUAUCUCACAUUUCACAAGUUUUAUUUUCAAUCUGAUUGUGAUGCAUUUCUAUUUGCAUUUUCAUUCUUAUUGGGUAUAAAGUUUGACUGUCUGGGGUGUGAUUUACACAACGUGCCAUCUCCAUUUCUUUGUUCUUUGUUUUUGCACCUUUGAUUUUUAAUGUAAAAUAUAGAAAUCUAGUAAAGGUACAGCUUCUUGUGACUUAAAUGAAGCCCAAGUUGACUAGAAGUGGCUAUCUGCCCUUUAUUUUUACAAAUAGUAUUUUUUUAUUUAUGAAAUGAAAGAGCGUUGUAGAUAUAUUGUGCUUGGAAUAAAUGACUUACUUAACCAGUGCUUUUUAAUAGAAUGAAUAUUUUAUUUUAUAUGUUGCACAUUCACAUUAGUCUUUGUAAGACACAAUCUGACUGAAUUCUAGUUACAGUUCAUUCAAUGUACACCAUAGUGAAAGGGAAGAAUGAAAUUGUUUGUUCAACACUUGUUUUUGGAUUAAAGAUUUAAUGAAAUACAAUCAAAACUCCUUUGACACUGGCCAUAUAGCAUUAUUUUCUUGGCAUAGUUAAUUUUUGACAAAGGAAAAUAACUCCCAAUUCAAAAUAAUGCCUUUCAUAACUCAAAACAUGAAUGUUGAGUUCUAAAUUCACAUUGCAAAAUGAAUGCAAAUCUGUAACCUCAGGUGCUCACAAGCUCUCUGAUUAAUAUUGUAAGUGACAUUAAAAGGUACAAAGUACAUAUUGUAUAAUAUGCAAGACAAUUAUCUUUUUAUGUUGUUGUUUUUUUGUUGUAUGAAAGAGCUACACUUUGAUGUUUAUGUAUUUAAUACAGAAGACUUUCCAUUAUUUGUUGAUUUUUGUUAUAUGUUUUAAACAAUUGUUACUUUAUUUAAGUUAAAAGGUAUGGAAAAUGACCAGUAUUGUUCUUGGGGUAUCUUUCUAAAUUAUUAGUGGAUUUAGUCUAUCUUUAGGUAUACUACAUUUGUUCUAUUUUAAUCUUGUUAUUGGGUUUAAUUUAGUGAUAAAACAUUACUAACAAUUAACUAAUGUAUUGUUUGCAGUUUUGAAUCAAAUUUUAUUUGGUCAAACCUUUUACCAACUAAAGGGAGAUCAUUAAGAAAUUUCAUAUUUUCAUUGAGUGCAAAUCUGUUUAUCUUAAAACCAUGAAUUGAAAACCUAACAAACCAAAUAUGUUUUCACAAUCCACAAAAAUUGAUACCAUGAAGACAAGAACUUCUUAAUUAAACUUUGUGUGAAUUAUAUCUAAUUAUUGUUCACUUAAGAAUUGAAUGGUUCUUUUUAUAAUUUUAUUGGGAUGUGUGUUAAAAUAUUGACUGGAACAAGUUUUCAUCAAACAUGAAGGCACUUUAUAUGUUUGAGCUUUGACAACCUUUUAAAAUGGAGAAAAGAAGCACUCGAUCAAUUCUUUGAACUACAUUUCUAUGAUAUUACCAUAAAGUUAUAUACAGUUUUGUCCUAUGCACUGUUGUAAUGUUGUCAUACAGAAAUUAUAUCAUUUUAUUUAAAAGAUUACAUUGUAUUGAAAUGUCAUGUGUUUGUCGUCUGCAUGUCAAAUAAUUGAGUCUUCAGAAAGUUCAUAAUAUCUAAUUAUAUUUUAAUGUUUUAAUAUAUAUACAUUGUAGUCUUCCUAAACAAAUAUUUAUUUAAUAAACUGGUGACCUAACACAGCUUACAACUAUAUAUAUUAUUAUUAAAAAAAAGUUGCAGAUAAAGGAUUUUUAAAAAGGAGUCAAUCUAAUUAAAUUCUUCAAUUGCUCCUGUUCUGAUAUGUCGCACCUUGAUGCGCGAAAUAUUAGAUUUGAAGCAAUUAAAGAAUGCAGUUUUAAUUAGAUUGAAAAGCAGUCUUGACCAGUUUUAUGGUUUACUGUACAUUAAUUUAGACCAUAGUCCUGAUGCUUCAUUUGCAACUGCUUCUGAUACUUACACCGAAAGGAGUUUAGAUCAGCCAAUUUCAUUAUAAAAUGUGAAUUUAGUUUUUCUUACAUUUAUAGCUGCUUAUGUUAGUGAAUAUAUCAUUCAAACAAUGUGAUAGAACAGGUCAGUAGAGUUUGUUAUAUAUAAAAAGUAGAUUUGAAAUAUGAAUAGUUUAUAUAUUUCAUCAUUUAGAUAUGGGAUUAAUGAGCAAAAUUUAAAAUGUACAAAAUGUUAACGUACACCUGGAGAUUUUUUUCAUCAUAUGUUUAUUGUUACAGCCCAUUAACCAAAAUAAAUUUAUUGUGAUAACCAAAAUAAAUAUAUUGUGAGUAUUUUGAACUACAAAUACUUUUUUUUUCUUUUUAAAUAAUUAGCAGCAUGACUUAAACAUAACAUGGCUGUGACAUUUUUCCAUACACAUAUCUCGAGAUAGAACACAUAUGUAAUUAGAUAAAAUAUUACACUAUGUGUUGAAGAAAUUGAAGAUAUUUAUACCCCUGCUAGUCAUUGAGGGGGUAUGUAUAACAUUUGUAACAGGCUGUGAUAUCCAUUGGUUUGUUUUGUGUCAGCUUUAAGAUAUAUAUCCAUAAAAGAUAUAAACACUUA